AUUAUAAAAUAUAUCUCACUCAUACUCCCAUUGUUGUUGUCAUUUACACAUUCACAUUGCAUAAGCUGUUUGUCUAUAUUUGUUACAGAUAACGCCAUAUGAUGAGUUGAACUUUGCCAUUGAUGUAACAAGAUAUCAAUUCAUAUACUCAUCUGUGGCAUCAAUUUCACGGACAGUGUCUUGCGAGACUCCAAUAACAUAGUAUACAUUCAUCAUGUGUAUAAUAAGAUUUUUUUCGUGCGAAGCUUUUAGUGUCCAUAAGACAAAAGAAAUACUUCAGAAGCUAAGAGUCAUUGACCUUGAUGUGGUGGAAUUAUCUACUGAGCUGUGUUACCAUGUGGAGUUGGCCGAGGGCUGUGAAUACCUGAACAUUAAUCAGAUAAAGAUUCUGCAGUGGCUUCUGAGUUCCCCGCUCCAGCCCCAUGCUUUGAGGAAUAAUACUGUCUACACUAAUGUGAAAGAUAACCAGGUUGUUAUUGAAAUUGGGCCAAGAUUCAAUUUCUCAACGGCCGACUCGAGUAACUCAGUCCAAAUUUGCGAAAGCGUCGGUCUACGCGAUGUGGUUCGCCUCGAGGUAUCAACCAGGCACCUCAUCACUUUCAACAAGACCAAGAAUGUCUCGAAGAAGCACUAUGAGGACUUGGCCUCAGUUUUGCAUGAUAGGAUGACACAAUGUGUAUACACGUCGGAAAAUCUCCCGAGGCACAGUUUCAAUGAGGGGCUGCCGAAGGAUCUGGAACCAUGGUUUGUGGUGCCUCUUCAGAAGGAGGGACGACCAGCUAUGGAGCGAGUCAACCAAAAACUAGGUCUGGCGUUCGACUCCUGGGACAUGGACUUUUACACGGACCUGUUUGUUAACAAACUAAAGCGAGACCCAACCAGCGUGGAGUUGUUCGAUCUAGCCCAGAGCAACAGCGAACACUCUCGCCAUUGGUUCUUUAAGGGCAAAAUCAUACUGGACGGCAAAGAGAUCAACGAAUCAUUAAUUGAUAUGGUUGCUUCCACUCAAGCGACGUCGAACGAUAACAACGUCAUUAAGUUCGGUGAUAACAGCAGUGCCAUCAAAGGAUUCAAGCACACAAAACUAAAGCCGACCAACGUCCGAGCGCCAUCCCAAGUCAUCCAAGAGGUCACAGAAUCCGACAUCAUAUUCACAGCGGAGACCCACAAUAUGCCCACCGCUGUGGCUCCGUUCAGUGGGGCCACUACUGGGACUGGUGGGCGUAUUAGAGAUGUCCAGGGGGUUGGGAGAGGGGGUCACACUGUUGCUGGGACUGCUGGGUAUAGCGUUGGAAACUUGAACAUUCCCGGUUACGAUCUACCAUGGGAGGAAAAGAGCUGGGAGUACCCGAGCAACUUCGCUAGUCCGCUUCAGAUAAUCAUCGAGGCAAGCAACGGUGCUUCUGACUACGGCAACAAGUUCGGAGAGCCAGUUAUUACUGGAUUUGUUCAGUCAUACGGCCUAAAGAACGGCGACAACGUGCGCGAGGAGUUCGUAAAGCCGAUCAUGUUCAGUGGCGGCAUUGGAUACAUGCCACACUCUAUGAUCAAAAAGAAUAAGCCAGACAAAGGCAUGCUUCUAGUGAAGAUCGGAGGGCCUGUGUACCGCAUCGGCGUCGGCGGCGGCGCGGCUUCGUCCGUCGCGGUACAGGGCGGCGACUCCCGCGACCAUGCGUUGGACUUCGGCGCUGUGCAGAGAGGUGAUGCUGAAAUGGGCAACCGUCUCAAUCGAGUUGUAAGAGGGUGCCUAGAGGCUGACGUCAAUCCAGUUGAGUCAAUCCACGACCAAGGUGCCGGCGGCAACGGCAACGUCCUAAAGGAGCUGGUGGAGCCCUCGGGCGCCGUGGUGUUCACCGCCGAGUUCCAGCUCGGAGACCCCACCAUCACCACCCUGGAGCUGUGGGGCGCCGAGUACCAGGAGAACGAUGCGCUGCUGUGCUCCAAGGAGAACAGAACUGUUCUAGAAGAAAUCUGCCAGCGCGAGCGCUGCCCCGUUUCCUUCGUGGGCGAAGUGACGGGCGACGGCUACAUGAGUCUCGUGGAGGGGCCGUUCAGCGACCAGUACCUCAGCAGAAACGAGAGACUGAAACCUGAGAUCAAGGACAAAUUGCCGUACGAUCUACACUUGGAGGCUGUCUUAGGAAAUAUGCCAAGAAAAACAUACGACUUGCGACAGGACAAGAGAACCAAAUUGCCACUCUCGCUGCCAAAGGACAUCACCGUAAAAAGUGCUCUGGAUAGAGUUUUGAGACUCGUCAAUGUUGCUAGCAAGAGAUACCUAACUAAUAAGGUGGACCGCUGCGUCACGGGUCUAGUAGCCCAGCAACAGUGCGUGGGUCCACUCCACACGCCUCUAGCCGACUGUGCGGUCAUCGCCCUGUCUUACAACGAGCUAGUCGGCUCCGCCACCUCCAUAGGGACACAGAACAUCAAGGGUCUGCUCGACCCCGCGGCAGGAGCGAGGCUGUCGCUCGGAGAGGCUCUUACCAACUUGGUGUUCGCCGGCAUCUCGUCUCUGGAAGACGUGAAGUGCUCCGGCAACUGGAUGUGGUCCGGCAAGACGGGCGGCGCGGGCGCGGCGCUGGUGGUGGCGUGCGACGCCGUGUGCGGCGCCAUGCGGCGGCUCGGCGUGGCCAUCGACGGCGGCAAGGACUCGCUGUCCAUGUGCGCGCAAGUUGCUAACGACACUGUCCGUUCGCCUGGAACCCUGGUAGUGUCUACGUACGCGCCGUGCCCUGACAUCACCGUAAAAAUAGAACCGGCUCUCACAGCCGAGAACUCGGUGCUCGUUCACGUGCCCGUCUCUGCUGGGAAAUACAGAUUGGGAGGUUCUGCCUUGGCGCAGUGUUACAAGCAACUCGGUGACAACCCGCCUGAUCUCGACCAACCGGCCGUUCUGAAGUCACUGUUCAAGACCACGCAGAAACUGUUGAAAGAAAAGAAGCUUCUAUCCGGCCACGACAUCAGCGAGGGAGGUUUCAUCACGACCGUCCUAGAGAUGGGCAUCGGUGGUCUCAGAGGUCUCCACGUAGACCUGCAGGCCCCCGUGUCGGCCAUCGAAGCGCUCUUCAACGAAGAGUUGGGCAUCGUCGUAGAAGUGGUACCUGAGAAUCUGCAAUACGUCAUCGCCGAGUAUAAUAACAGUGGCGUGAAAGCGCAGAAGAUUGGUGUUACUGGGAAAUAUGGCAUGCGUUCUGAGGUUUCCGUGAAAGUGAAUGGUGAAUCAGUGUUGAAGACUCAGCUGAUAGACGUGUACAGAAUGUGGGAAGAGACGAGCUACCAGCUGGAGUGCCUGCAGGCCAACUCCGCGUGCGUCAAACAGGAAUGGGAAGGUCUCGAGCAACGCAAGGGAGUAACGUACAAUGUGACCUACGAUCCUACAGCAGCUGUGAUCAAGUCCAAGUCCGUGAGGGUUGCAGUUCUUCGUGAAGAAGGAACGAACGGCGACCGUGAAAUGAUCGCUUCACUGUUGAUGGCCAACUUCGAAGUCUUCGAUGUGACCAUGAGCGACUUGCAGAACGGCAAGAUCACGCUUGACGCUUUCAAGGGACUUGUGUUCCCCGGUGGAUUCAGUUAUGCAGACACCCUCGGCUCAGCUAAAGGUUGGGCGGCCGGCAUCCUGUUUUCCAACUCGCUGAGCUCCCAGUUCGCCCACUUCAAGGACCGAAGCGACACGUUCUCGCUGGGCGUGUGCAAUGGCUGCCAACUCAUGGCUCUGCUUGGCUGGAUCGACCCUGAGACCAAGGCGCAGAACAAGACACAAGUGUUCUUGGACCAUAAUAAGUCGGAGAGAUUCGAAUGCCGCUGGAGCGCAGUAAAGAUCAGCGCCGGCCACGACACGGACGUGUGGUUCCGCGGCAUGGCGGGCAGCACGCUCGGCGUGUGGGUCGCGCACGGCGAGGGCCGGUUCACCGCCACUGACGCAGCCCUAGCCAACAUGCAGGCGCAGCGGCAGAUCGCCAUGCAAUACGUCGACGAUAACGGGGUACCCACUGAGACUUACCCGAUGAAUCCCAACGGCAGUCCAAUGGGCAUCGCCGGCGUGCGCUCCCCCGACGGCCGGCACGUGGCCAUGAUGCCGCACCCCGAGCGCUGCGUGCUGCGCUGGCAGUGCGCCGCGCCGCCCGCCUCCCCCGCCGCACACCCCCGCAGCCAGGCCUCGCCCUGGCUGAGACUCUUCCAGAACGCAUACACGUGGGCUGAGAAACAUUAA